AUGCAGUUCUCCCGCCUCUUCCGCCGCAUCGCCCUGCUUUUACUGCCCUUAGCACUCACUGGCACCCUAUGGCUGUACCUAUACCCCAUCUUCCACUCCUGUGGCUUCCCCACACCGCCGCCUACCAACACGACUUUGCUUGCGCCCUUUCGAUUGCUGGCCUUGGGCGAUCCGCAACUCGAGGGUGACUCGUCGCUUCCGGACCCCGAAGCGCUGGUGUUUCCCUCGCUUGAACUCUUCCCCGAACAGCUGCGGGCUUCAGCUACGUGGGCGGAGAGCCGUCAUGUCGUUGUGGAAGCGGCCAAGGGUGCGGUGCAGGACGCGCGUAGAUGGUUAGAAGGCAAGAGAAAGGCGGUGGAUCUCUGGGGCAACGACUUAUACCUUGCACAUAUUGUGCGUAGCCUGAGAUGGGCGACGGAGCCUACGCAUAUUGCCGUCUUGGGCGACUUGCUGGGCAGUCAAUGGGUCACCAACGGAGAGUUUAGGAAGAGAGCGGGACGAUAUUGGGGGGUUGUGAUGAGGGGCUUGGAGAAUGUGCCUGAUCGCGUCUUGGGUAUCCAGCCGGUGGAAGAGAAUCACGAUGCAGAACCAGGCGAGGUCAACGAGGAGGUACAAAAGGGCUCAGACGGACAAGACGAGGGCACAACAUAUGGCGAGGACAGCAAGAAAGAGAGAAAGACAGCAUGGGGUGGCACGACAGAAGUCCUCGGCGCAGACAAGGACUGGAGCAAGCGCGUCAUCAAUAUUGCAGGGAACCACGACGUGGGCUACGCUGGCGAUCUCGACGAAUCGCGCAUCGAGCGCUUUGAACGGGCCUUUGGAAGCGUCAAUUGGGACAUUUGGUUCGAAUUACCACCGCACCUACGGCCCAAUAGCACACCCACUGAAGAGCCCCCGCCAGCCCUCCGCCUCGUAAUCCUGAACACCAUGAACCUCGAUACACCCGCCUGGUCCGCCGACCUCCAAACCGAGACCUACGACUUCACAAACCACAUCAUCAUGAACUCCCGCCCCGUACACGACAAAACGCACGCUACAAUCCUACUAACCCACAUUCCGCUUGAGAAGGAAGAGGGUAUCUGUGUUGACUCUCCCUACUUUGACUUCUUCGAAGAUGGCCAGGGGGUCAGGGAACAGAAUAUGCUAUCUGGCCAUGCGAGCAAGAUUAUACUAGAGGGCAUAUUCGGAUUGAGUGGGAAUAAAGAGGCUGAAGGAAGGGGGUUAGGGCGGCGAGGUGUAGUGGUGAACGGGCAUGAUCAUGAAGGCUGUGAUGUCGUGCAUUACAUUCGACAGCCAGGGAUAGAAAGCUCUUGUUCACUCGAAAGAGUAAAGAAGGAGGAAGCGUAUUGGCCAGUCCCCACGGCUGAAGAGGAGAACAUGGCUGUACCUCCACUCGACGCUGACAUGUCGCUGUCCUCUCCCAAUGAUACCGAAUCUACUCGACCUCCAGCGCCGAUUUCUGAACCCGAAAUCCCCAAAUGGCGUGCCCGCCACUAUCCACCCCUUGCCUACGACAUGUCGCCCUCCAACCACUGUCUCGCCAUCAACGAAGCACCGCACCUCCGCGAGAUCACACUACGCAGCAUGAUGGGCGAAUUUUCAGGCUAUGCAGGCUUCUUGUCAGCAUGGUUCGAUGAGAGCAAGGGAGAAAAGGGCGAGUGGGUGUUUGAGUUUGCGACGUGUGGGGUUGGCAUUCAGCAUUGGUGGUGGGCCGUGCAUGUGCUGGAUUUAGUGCUGAUUAUUUGCUUCCUGGGGUGGGGAUUGACGAGCACAUGGGAAAAGAGUGUUGCGAAGAAUCAAGACAAACAAGGUCAUCGGGUUCAAGAGGUAGCGUCGAAGCCUGAGGUUGAGAAAGCGAUGCCAAUCAAUGGGACGAGAAAUGCAAGUAGCAUGAAUGGCGGACGACAGGCACGUGCUAACGGGUAG